AUGUCUUUCACCUUCCCAUCAUGGGCGACAGCCUUCUCGCCGGGUUUCAUCGAAGAUGCAAAGGCCAUGUUGGAGGGUGCUCUCAACAAGGGCAACAAACCUCCCGUCAUCCAAGGACGGAUAGAGGUGGUAGAUAUGAGCAUGGGUAAGGAGCCGCCCACUUUGACUCUGCUCGAAAUUGGGGAUCUAUCACUGGAUAGAUUCAGAGGUAUACUUCGAUUAGGAUAUCAAGGUGACGCUUGGAUUCAGGUUCGUUGUCGUGUACAGGCUAAUCCUUUAUCACAUAACCCAAAUCUCCUUCCAUCUUCCACGCUCCCACUUUCCACUCCUCUGCUUGCCUCACAGCCUUUAUUGGUACCUAUGACACUCCGUCUUUCUCGAUUACAUCUCCGAGCUAUCCUCAUUCUUGUCGUUUCGGCAUCCAAAGGGAUCACCCUGGUUUUCAAAAAUGACCCUUUACAAAAUGUGGACGUAUCUUCUACAUUUGAUUCGAUAGAAGUCAUCCGAGGUUAUUUACAACAAGAAAUCGAAGGUCAAUUGAGAGAAAUGUUCCGUGAAGAUCUACCAGGUAUCAUUCAUAGACUUUCUCAAAGAUGGUUUACAGAUACUGGUACUGGAGGGAAAGUAGAAUUGGCCUAUGCCCACCCUAUGACUUCCGACUCUGCUAUGACGGAAAAUGAAGAUGAAGAUGAAGAUAUAGAAAAUUAUUCACAGAAACCGAUAUUCCCACCUUAUGUCCCAUCACCAUCAAGAACGAAUCUCACUCCAAGAAGAAGAGCUCAACAACAAGCAAGAGCGAGAAGAUCAUCUUUGGCUGCCAGUGAUUCAUUAACGAGUUAUACCGUCUUUCCGGAUAUAGAAGAUUAUGAUCCAACUUAUGGUUUACGUCCGGAGGGUGUACCGACACACAGCGGUUAUGAAGCGUUUGGACGUUUAUGGGAGAAAGCGAGGGAGGGUGAGGGUUUAGGAGGUUUGAUGAAGAGUCAAACACUUAGUCAAGUGGGAGAAGAUAGAGGAGAUGUCAGUGAUACUUGGGAUGAAGAUGAUGAGGAUGAUGAGACCCGAAGUUUUGAUAUGGUUGAAAUGGAAGAAUCUCUUAGAGUUCUCCCUUCUCGGCCUGGUGGAGCAAGAAGGUCGAGUAGGGAUACGAUGCUCGGACCUAAGAUGACCAAAGACGUCGAAUGGGAAACUUUUACAGCUGUCGGAGGUGGUACUAUCACCAGACCAAGAGUAUAUCAUACUCAAUCUCGAAUCCGUGCACCUUCGGAUACAGGUGGGAUCAUGCCGAGUCCAGGAGGAACAGCGACGAAUGGGAGUGUGACAGCUCGGGCGAGUUCGAUCGGAGGUGCUUCGUCGACUAUCGGGAGUCCAAGAGUACCACCUACAUCCCACCCCCCAACACCUGGACCCAGAUCUCAUCUCUUCCCUUCUGCUACACACCCCGGUCCCGGUCCUUCUUCAUUACGUCGUCUUGCGACGUCUCGAUCCGACAUCUUCUCUUCGCAUCAAAUACCAAGAAGUGAAUCUCUCCCAUUCCCCCAAUCUCCUCCACCACCAUACCGAUCCACUUUAUCACGUCAACAAUCCACCAUCACUUCAUCCUAUACCAAAACCGGUUCAUCAAGUUGGACGACUGACAAACCACGUUCACAAACAAUGACUACUUUGACAUCUGCAUCAAGUAUUCCCAUAGAUACCAAAUCAUCUAUACGAAAUCGUCAAUCUUCACUAUCAAUAUCAGUCACUGGUACUUCCCCAGGUACUUCUUUCCCCCCUCGAAAUUCAGGAAUGGAAGGUAUCACACUUCCAAAUAAUUCAGUAUCCCAACUUGCAACAUUAUCAUAUUCCGCUCAUACUUUAUCUCCUUAUGCAAGAGGACAUGAACAUACUGCUUUUAGAUCUUUCCCUCAUUUGGGUAAAACAAAUUCAGGUAUGUCGACUCCCGUUUCUGCUGGAGUACCGGCCAAAGCGAGGAGAAAGAGGUUGUAUAGACUCUCAAAACCUGAUACUAAUUCUGGUGCGGAAGGUCAAGAGAAAGACAUCUUGUCAACCGAAUCGGAUUGUCCACCUAGGAAAAGUACUUUAGGGAGUGAACCUACUCCAUCUAGAAAACCUUCUUCAAGUUCCGGUGGAUGGUCAGGACCAACUGGAAUGGGGUAUGGUGGUAUGUACAGUGGUGGAUGGAGACAAGGUGGUUAUGGGAAUGGAAAUGGGAAUGGGAGUUUGACUGGGAUGGCUCAGAAAGUUAUGAGACCGAAUAUCGUCAGAGCGCCAGAAUCCAGGACUAGUUAUGGCUUUCCUGCCACGAGAAUAGAUAAGAUUGUCGAGUAG